UCGCGGAGCCGCUUCUUCGCCGCAGCGCGAUGACGAUAACUGGAAAUAACCUCGUAGCUGCCCCAUGCGAGGCGGCUCCGUGCGCUCGGUGUAUGUAUUAUGCGGUCGCCAGGUUAUAACUAUUUAUAAAACUAGCUCGCGAGAACCGGCGUACGCCCUUUAAGAUGGUAGAGCAAACAUCAAUCGCGGCAAAUCAGACGUAUCUAUCUCGCCGUUGCAUCUUUCGGGAUUGAUUCGGACCCCGGGCACCUCGUCGCCUCGGAUGGAGCGAUCCCGUUUGUGAGAACCUUCCUUUCGCCGAUACGCUAGCAUUUAAGCAUGGCCCUCUUAGGAGCGCAAUUGGUCAUUACCCUCGUAAUGGUCAGUAUCAUACAAAAGCUGAGUCCGCAUUUCUCCUUUGCCAGAUGGAUCUUGUGUUCCACGGGAUUGACACGAUAUCUGUAUCCAACAGAUCAGCAGCUCAGAGCGUUAGCCGGUGUGCCGAAGGAGAAACCAAAGAGGGGAAAGCACAGCGAGAAUGGCAAAGUGGGAGAUGUGUUUCACGUCCCUAGGAAUCUGGAUAUCAAGCUUGAAAGUGCAAAAAUAACUACUUUCGAUGUAGUGCACUUAAAAUAUUACACGGAAUAUCAGUGGCUGUUCGACUUCUCUAUUUAUGCUAUCAUUGUUUAUGUGCUGACAGAGGCGUACAAUUAUUGGUAUCCCAUCAAAGAUGAGAUUAAUCUCAGCAUACUAUGGUGCGUGGUGGUUUUGGGCUUUGCAUUUAAAGUACUGCUUUCUCUUUGGGUACAAUAUUUCAAAGGCGAAGAAAGUGUCGGUGAAAGAUCUACGUGCAUCGUUACUGGAUUUGCAUAUCUUCUUAUUGCUAUGAUGGUACUCAUAGUUGAUGAAAAUACGUUGGAAAUUGGAUUGGAAAAGGCGUAUACAAGUUUCAAUCAUAGCGCUUCUCGUUUCCUAGACACCCAAGGGCUUUCGUCGACGGGACCAGCUUCAAAAAUUGUUCUGAAGUUUUUUCUCGCUAUAUGGUGUGGUUUAUUGGGAUCUUUGUUUACCUUCCCAGGAUUGAGGGUAUCAAAAAUGCAUUGGGAUACGUUGAGGUAUUAUAAAGAUCACAAGUUAUUAUUCAUAAUGGCGAAUGCUAGCUAUGCCUCGCCACUUGUGUUGGUGUAUCUAUGGAUUACGCCCAUAUGUAGGGAUGUUUUGACUGUCCGGAUAUUAAAUGGCAUGACUGCUCCACUAAUGACAGUAGCAGGAUUCGAAAGUUUAAGGUUGAUUAUUAUUGUUGUUGCCAGUUUAUUAAGAAUUAUACUCAUGCCAGUAUAUCUGCAAUCUUACUUAAAUCUCGCCAUUCAGAGAUUAGAAAUUCAAAAGAAGGAAGCUGGCAGAAUAACUAAUGUUGAUUUGCAGAAAAAGAUUGCAGCUGUAUAUUAUUACCUAUGUGUAGUGGCGCUACAAUACGUUGUUCCCAUAAUUAUGUGUUUAUUUUUUACAUUUUUGUACAAAACAUUGGGUGGUUUUACGUGGGAAGGCAUCUUAAAAGGAACUUUGCCGGAAGAGUGCCCAGCGGAUGAACUACCGAAGUCACUAUCAUCCACAGUUAAUAUUGAUAAUAGCGACAAGACUGUUAUACAAACUGCUGAAGAAGUUCAACUUGCAUUAGGCUCAUUAAAACAGAUAUUUACCACAGAUGUGUACAGAGGCGUCUUAGGACUAGCGACAUGGUGGAGUUGCUUCGCAUUAUUUGCGACCAGUGCCAUGGGUCUGUUUUAUCAGACAUACUUCUCGAAUGUUUGAAGUGAUCUAUUGGGGGAAGAAAAUCCAGUUGUCAUAUCGCACAAAUUUUCAUUAAUUCACAGAUCAGUCAUUCAUUAUUACAGUCAUAACGUUGAGAUACGUAUUUUCAGAUUACCUAUUUUAACGCCUAUCGCCAAAUAAUUAAGAUAACGACUAAUCGGAUAAUGUAAGAUUUUGUAAUGCGUAUGGCAAUAAAUAAUACUACAAUUGUAUUGUAAAUAAAGACACUCUGAGACUUGCAUCAAAA